CCGCCAUUAGUCAUUUGUGGACAGGAAACUGAGCCGUACAGCCUUAGCGACCGGUCAGAUUUUUGGUUCCUAUUCUCCAGUUCGGCAUCGUAUUAAAGACACGGAAGCAUGGCCGCUGCUGAGCAGGAGAUGCCCACCUUCAAGCUGGUGCUUGUUGGUGAUGGAGGUACUGGCAAGACCACCUUUGUGAAGCGCCAUCUCACUGGAGAAUUUGAGAAGAAAUAUGUUGCCACCUUGGGGGUAGAGGUUCAUCCCAUUGUGUUCCACACCAAUAGAGGACAGAUUAAGUUCAACGUAUGGGACACAGCUGGGCAGGAGAAGUUGGGAGGUCUCCGUGACGGUUAUUACAUCCAGGCCCACUGCGCCAUCAUUAUGUUUGACGUGACCUCACGUGUUACUUACAAAAAUGUGCCCAACUGGCAUAGGGAUCUCGUCCGGGUGUGCGAAAAUAUCCCCAUAGUUUUGUGCGGAAACAAGGUUGAUGUCAAGGACAGGAAAGUCAAAGCAAAGUCUAUCAUUUUCCACAGAAAGAAGAAUCUCCAGUACUACGACAUUUCGGCCAAGUCCAACUACAACUUCGAGAAGCCUUUCCUGUGGCUGGCCCGUAAGCUGAUUGGUGAUCCCAACCUAGAGUUUGUGGCCAUGCCUGCCCUCUUGCCCCCCGAGGUUCAAAUGGAUCCUCAGUGGCAGCAACAAAUCGAGAGCGACUUGCAGGAGGCUUCCCAGACGGCCUUGCCCGAAGACGACGAGGAUUUGUGAAGUGCAGGUGCUAGCAAAAUCGAAGGUGGUCGUGGCCACAACCUCUGCAGCGUUCAUAUUAUCGCCGAAUAAAAGUAACCCGAUUUUGUUAAAAUUAAAGGAAAAUUUCCCAAUUUGCCUCCUGAUUAUUUUAAAUUUCUCUUUACCUCCCUUAUUAAAUAGGUGAUUUUCAAUUUAUUUCAAUAGUGGGUUUCGAGCUAUAGAAAGGUUCUGGUAUGAUCCUGAUAUCGCUUUUGACCAAAAGUAACUGUUAUUAGCCAUUAGUGUUGCACAAGCUUGUACGCUUUAAGAUCAUCUCGCUGAAGCUGCAUUCCCUGCAAGGAUUUUUUAAUAAAAUACCUGAGUCGAA